UCUCGGUGUUUUGUGUUUUCUUUUUCUAGUUAAUUUUAUUAAUGUAAAGUUAUGUUUAUUACUAAUUAAACUUAAGUUAGAUAGUAAGUUUUUCAAGAUGGACUCCGCGAUAAUGGUGGAAUCUCUGCCUAUAUUCGGCACUUGCAGUUUGUGUCUCGUAGAAGGCGUCGUAAAGAGUAUGCUAAUCAAACAAAUCACAGAAAAUAAGACAGAAUCUUAUACUGAUAUGUUGCUUAAAUGCUUUUCCAUUGAUAUGGCUGCAUUAGAUUUAGAUGAUACAAAAAGACUAAUAUGCCACAUGUGUAUUAAACAGUUGGAGAGUUGUCUAGAGUUUAAAGAGCAGGUGGAAGUAUCACUGAAAACUUUGGAGGAAACCAUUCAAUUUAAAAAAGCAGAACAGCAAAUACACAAUUGUGUUAAAGUCGAGGCAGCGUCUGAUACAAAAAUUCAUGAUACCAGAAAUAGAUCUUUACGAGAUGUGAAAAAAGAAUUGGCGUCAGCGAUCGGUCUGUCUAAAGACAAUUAUGUCGACAACGAUUCAGAUAAUGAACGAUUAGUAUUUUCAAAUGUCAAACAAGAGUCUUUGGACGACAGUGAUUUCGACGACCACACAAUUCUCAACGAUCUCAUAAUAAAGAAGGAGUUGGACGAGUACCGGCCACGGACCAGACAGAAAACCCGAAAGAAGACUUUGUCCACAUCGAAAAAGAAAGUCUCAUACUCAACCAAAAGGCAGGCGGACUUGAGCGACACGGAAAAGAUGCUACAAUCCGGCCUGUUCCCGUUCAAAAUAAACAAGAAUCAGAUAUAUUCAUGCGCGAUAUGCCCCGAGAAGUCCGCCAUUCUGGACGACAUAAAAACCCACAUAAUGGAGCAUAACAUAUCAAACAUAUCGCUGGCGUUCAAAAAGAUGCUUUCCUCGAACCUGCAAACGUUUUACAAGUCCUGUCAGAAGUUGCGCUGUAAAAUAUGCAAGACGGAGAUACCCGAUUACGACACCUUGAAACGUCAUAUAACAUCGUGUGUUAACUCAAGUUCUAGAUGGAACAAUCUGCCAUUCAAACUCGAGAAGGACCAGCUAGAUUGCCCGAUAUGCAAGAAGACCUUCCUGAACUUCGUCAGUCUAAACACCCAUAUGAACGUGCAUUACCCGAAUCACAUAUGCGACAGCUGCGGCAAAGCAUUCGCCUCGAAAGCCAGGUUACGGGGCCACAUGCGUACCCACGAAAUAGGCGAUUUCCCCUGCAGAUACUGCGACGCGGUUUUCGACAGGGUGACAAAAAGAGAGAACCACGUGUCGAAGGAGCAUAAAUCUGGCAUUAGAUACGCUUGCAAGCGAUGCAAUAUAUCGCUCACCUCGUUCUACGCGCGACAGAAGCAUCUAGCUGAAGUACAUAACGAGGAGUUGAAGAGGUACAAGUGCAAAGCGUGCACCCAGAGUUAUAUAACUCCGGGGCACCUGUCGAGUCACGUGAGGCGCGACCAUUUGAACGAGAGAAACCACAAAUGCAGCAAAUGCGAUCUCGCGUUCUACACGCGCAAUUCCCUCAAAAUGCACAUGAUAAAGCAUGACGGUGAACGUAUACACGCGUGUAAUAUAUGCAAUAAGUCGUACCAGAGGAAGAAAACUUUGAGGGAGCACAUGAGGAUACAUACAAACGAUAAGAGGUUUGUCUGUCCGGUCUGCGGGCGGGCUUUCACCCAGAAGUGCACGCUGAAAGGACAUUUGAAGGUGCACGAUAGGAAAGUGGAUUUGGUGGACGAGAGAAUCCCUCAGCCUUUGCAUUCGAUUUAGGAUACCUUGAGACAUUAAUACAGCAGGCGUUUACGUAAUACAAAUCCAUGAAUUAGCUGAAUUAGCUUUAAUACGCGAUUAAUAGAAAAAAAUAAGGAGUUAUUUAUUAGUUUUUAUACUUAAAACAACACAGAAGGCUUGAAAUUGUCCUCAAAUGAGGAUUCCAACAUUUUGCCUCUGAAUCAGUGAUCUUCCAAAUAUGCUCUUAAGUGAGAAUUCUUCGGAGUAUGCUCCCUAAGUAGGAUCUUCCAAAAGAUGCUCCCAAAUGAGAGAUCUUCUAAAAUAUAUUCUCAAAUGAGAGAUUUUGACGGCGCAACGGUGAGCGCUGUGAAUUUAAGUAGGAGGUCCCGGAUUCGAUUUAGGCAGCGGCAGUUUGUGAAUUAUUUCAGAAUUUUCUCUUGUCUGGUCUGGUCUGGUUACCACCCUACAGACAAAG